AUGCUGUCCGCAGGACUGGCUGGCCGUGGACUCCGACAACUCGUCCACCUAAAGGCUUCUGGUCAAGCCAUUCGAUUACGGCUGUCUAAUCGCUACGGAAACGAACCAGUCACGCUCGCCGACGUCUUCGUUGCCAGAUCUAUCCAUGGGCCUAUGGUUAGCAACCAUUCAGUGCCGCUGAUGUUCAGUGGGCAGACGAAUGUCGUGCUGGAUGCUGGCGCAGAUGUUACCAGUGAUCCAGUCUCCAUGGAUGUUGAAGCGUUCAGUGUUCUCGCCAUCUCUUUCCGUCUCGAGAAGGGAGAUGCUCUUACGGGUCACAUGGUCUCAUCACAAACCUCGUACAUCUCCUCUAUGGAACCGUUUCAAUUCCCCGCUGAACUUUCUUCCAUGGAGUACCCAUUAUCAACAAGUUCAUGGUGGCUUAUUACAGGCAUUGAUGUACUGGCAUCGACGCAUUUGAACGCUGUGGUGGCAUUCGGAUCUUCUACUACAGAUGGAGCUGGAUCGACUCCAAACACGAAUGGACGCUGGCCCGACUAUCUCGCACGCCGUCUGAAAGAAGCAGGUGGAUCACAGUAUAUGGCAGUCAUCAACGCAGGGCUCUCUGGAAAUCAACUCACGAGCUCUGACAACCAAAACUUUAGCCAACUUGGCGGGGUACGUAUUCCUGAAUUCAUGCUUGGUGAAGCCGGACUUGUACGCUAUGAAUGGGAUUUGGCCUCACAAUCCGGAGCAACGGAUCUCAUCUUACACAUUGGCUCAAACGAUUUGCGAGCGGGUGUCAAUGCUGCAUCCAUUAUCGACGGAUUGAAGCAGAUCAUCCAGAACGCAAGAAUGCAUUACCGAAAGGUUUUUGGAACUACAAUCCUACCAGGCGGUUACACAAAAGAACAGAAUGAGCAACGGAAGAUCGUCAACGACUGGGUUUCUGGAGAGGGAAACCAGUUGUUUGAUGCUACCUUCGACAUGGCAUCCACUUUACCCGCCCAGACAGAUGAAGCCAAGCUAGACCCUGCAUAUGACAGUGGAGAUGGGAUUCACCCUAACAAUAAUGGAACCCAGUACAUUCGCAGCUCUAAUGCCAAAUACUCGCUACACACAUAG